CCCAGCAUUCAGGAAUUGCCCCGCCUUUUCGACGUUUAUCAAACGAGGUGAACAGCCAAUAGGAAGAGAGAAUACCGGCGCGUGAGGCGACGUUCCCAUGACGCGUUCCCCCCUUUUUAAGCCUUUAUACAAAUAAAGCUGCGGAAUUUUGCUUUUCUUUAUCUCGAACGGUGUCUUAUAUUUCUAUAAACUUUUGAUAUAUACAUACAAAAAAUGUUGCUUCGUAUUUUAGAAAUUGUAUUUUUCUUUUAUUUUGCGUCACACAUUCCUAUUACUCUCUUCAUUGAUCUUCAAGCACUACUCCCAGAACAGUUGUAUCCUCAACCAUUUAAAGACGUACUGCAGUGGUAUGCAGCUGAAUUCAGAGACCCCAUGGUGCUGGAGCCACCUGUUUGGUUUAAAUCUUUCAUAUUCUGUGAAAGUCUUAUUCAGCUGCCUUUCUUUCCCAUCGCAGCAUACGCCUUUUUAAAAGGUAAAUGCAAAUGGAUCAGGACUCCAGCAAUCAUAUAUUCUGUGCACGUGGCCACCACUUUAAUUCCCAUCCUAGGCCACAUCUUACUCCAUAACUUCCCAUUGGCACCUCUUCCGGGUCCGCAAACAUCCAAGGAGCGAUGGACACUGGUGUGUGUUUAUGCUCCAUACCUGCUCAUUCCCCUCACGCUGCUCCUCACCAUGCUCUUCAGCUCCACAUAUAAUUCUACCUCUCCAAGUGCCAAGGCUUCUUCCAAGACCAAGAAGCUGAAAUAAUGUUCUAAGUAUUACUUGUUUUGAAGAUUAAAUAAUACUUGACCAUAAUCAUAUACUGUUGAUUGAGGAAUGAAUCACUAUAACUGCUAUCCACACCAGAAAGCUGUUUGAUUUAUAACAGAUGUAGACCUGCAUGAGCAAAAAUAGUUUUAUUCAAAUAAUCAUCACAUUUAUACGUAUCUUGUCUGUCAAAACAGGCAAUACUGACAACAGGUAUUGUGUAAGUAUUUAAUAAUAUUUUGUAAAUAAAUGCACUGUUUGGUUACA